UGUAUGCUAAAUAGUUAGUGGUUGUUGUUGUUGUUGAGUUAGAAUUCAUUUCUUGAGUUAUUAAAGAUGAGAAAGAUAUAGAUUACAAGAUUCUUCAAAUCGUUAGAUUGAAUUAGUUGAAUUUCCUUUGAUCGAUUUUAAUUUUCUGUGAUUUUAUCAAUACAAACAUGAAUAGCCCAUUUAUAAACUUGGGUACUCCACUGUCGGUUCCAUCUCAGCCGGAUCCUGUGGAAGAACAACAUAUUCAAGAACUUCAAAGACAGUUAGGAAAUUCGCCCCUACAACCACAACAACAUGAUAAUUUACUCCAGAGUCCACAGCAUAUUCAACAACAAAGAACUGGAGUUAGUGUUAUACAGCCGUACUCGGCUGGUACUGGACUGACACCUCAGAAUCUUUUGCAACCAACUGCAUCCCCAAUUGUACCAUCACUCAUUCCUAGUGUAAGCAAUGCUAAUCUUGCUCUUACUCCGGGUGGUUCUGGGUCAAUAUUUCCUAGUACUCCUGGAAAUCCCAUGACCCCUAUGACACCUAUCACCCCUUCUUCUGCUGAUCCUGGCAUUGUUCCACAGUUACAAAAUAUUGUUUCCACUGUGAAUUUAGGUUGCAAGUUAGAUUUGAAAAAAAUUGCACUUCAUGCAAGAAAUGCAGAAUACAAUCCAAAACGUUUUGCUGCUGUCAUCAUGCGUAUAAGAGAACCUCGAACAACUGCUUUAAUAUUUAGCUCUGGUAAAAUGGUGUGUACUGGUGCAAAAAGUGAAGAGCAAUCAAGGUUGGCUGCACGAAAAUAUGCUAGAAUUGUACAGAAGUUAGGUUUUGAGGCAAAGUUUUUGGAUUUUAAAAUCCAAAACAUGGUUGGUAGUUGUGAUGUUAAAUUUCCUAUAAGACUGGAAGGCUUAGUUUUAACUCACAGUCAGUUUUCAAGUUAUGAACCUGAGCUGUUCCCUGGUCUUAUUUACCGAAUGGUGAAGCCUAGAAUUGUGUUGCUCAUCUUUGUGUCUGGUAAAGUUGUCCUUACUGGUGCUAAAGUUCGAUCUGAAAUCUAUGAAGCAUUUGAGAACAUAUAUCCUAUUCUAAAAGGAUUUAAAAAGCAAUAGCAUUUCUCUGAGUCUUAUCAUUCAUCAUGUACAUAUUUCUUCAGCAUAAUGUUUGUAAGUAAACCAAUUUUUUUUGGUAUUUUACACACAUAUUUAAUGCUUGUUGAAAAUGCAUCUAUCACCAUAAUGAGCAUAUUUCAUGUAUCACACAAUACAAGAUAAUUUUACUGUUCUUCAAACUCCAUCUUUGUAAUUUAUUUUCUUGUAUCAAUUCAUUAAAGAGCUUUGAUAACUGUAAUUUUACAUAAAACAUUGUGUUUCAUGGUAAAUUGUAAAUAAUGUAUUCUAAUCAUUGCUGUGUAAAAUGUUAGAAUACAUUAUAUUGUGAUAUACAGUUUGUGUGCAUGCACCUUAUGAAUCUUAACUGUAACAAUAUAUAAUCCAUGCUUCAAUUUUUCAAAAUUUGUGUCAUAUUUUGAUGUAAAAUUACUUCAGUAGUAUACUUAAAAAAAAAAAAAAAAAAAAAAAAAAUGUGAUAUCAGAAUUAAUACUCUGCAUUAAAUUCAAAUGUUUUUAUUGAAAUUAAUCUAUUGGGUAUGGCAAGAAGCUUUUUUAUUUUUUUUUUAUUUUUUUAUUUAUAGAAUUCCAGCCAGAGAACAGAUAAUAAGUUUUAUAAUACUUUAUAAUAUUAAAAAAGUUGGGUGAAAGUGAGAAUGAAAUAAAAUGUUAUAAAUAGUUUGUAAAUAUUUAAGUAUUAAGCAAUUAUUCGUUUAAAUUCUAAAAGGCUUAAUUUUGACAACGUUAUAACUAAUGGCAUUUAUGUUCAAAUAAUAUUUUUUUAAAUGUGUUUUUAAGAUAAUCCUCAAACUUGAUGCUGAGAAAUAAUUGUAUUUUUAAAUUGAAAAUAAUGAAUUAAAGAGCAAAAUUUCAGUAUAAAAAUGUUACAUAAAAUCAUAUUAUUACAAAUGUAUAUCUUAUUAAAUAAGUUCAGUUAUAGGCACAACACAUCUUUUGCCAAAUAUUGGAUUUCAGAACUAUUGAAUUAAUAAUUUAAAUAGUUUUCAAUGCUUUGACAAAUCAUUGUGUUAGGUAAUUCCAGUGAUUUCAUAUUUUGCUGUUAAUGAACUUUAAAAGUGAACUUAUUUUAAUUAUAAUUGCAUAUACUACCUUUAAAUUACUGAUGAUUACUCAAUUAUUAAAAUAACUUUUUGACUAAUUAAAAUAGCUCUUUGAGCUUUUCCUUUACUGCAAAUUCCUAACAUUUUAUUUUAAAAAGUGUCCUUUAGAAAGCUAUAUUGGGCAGAUAAAAAAAAAAAAUUAAAAAAUUGAAUUUUUAUAUUAAAGUGGGGGGGGGGGGUCCAUGUUGUAUAAGUUCAGUUUUCACAAGAAUGAACAGUACUUGGGGAUGCUAGUUCAACUGUAAUAAAAUAAAUGGAAAAAAUAACUUCUGUAGUAUUGCAAGGAGAAUCAUUUGUAUCAUUUUGAAUCAUAUAUUGCAUUGCUCAAUUGGGAAAAUUUGACUCAGAAUUAAAAAAAAAAAUGUUGUGAAUUAUAGAAAUUUCUUUAUUAAUUACUGUAAUGACUUGUGUAUUUCUGUACUAUAUAUUUGAGAAUAAUAUCAAACCAACCUGUUAAACAUAACAAACACUUAUUGCAUCAAAUGUGUAAGAAACAUUUUUGAAAUUCUUGCAUGAUAAUCAUAUAAUAAUAGAAAUAGGUAAUCAAAAUAUUGCCCAUUAUUUAAAACUGAUCUGAAGAUUUUGAAAAAUUGUGCAAUUCUGCAAUGUUGUCGAAUCAUUCUUAUUGCUGUUUUAAGCUGUAUUUUAAUGCCUUUCUGUAAUUUCUAAGAAUGUUUUCUGUAUUUUUUUUUUAAUUGGUAACUUUUGAUGUUGGCAAUAUGAAAUUUUGUUUCAUAAAAUUCUUUGUUCUUUUAUUUUGAAGGGAAAUUCUUUAAUAUUUUCUUCAUUUAGAUCAUUUAUGUAGAUUCUGCUUUCUGCGUUUUGUUUAAAUAAAAUAAUAAAAUAGAGUUGACCUAUUUAUGCAGGAGUAACAUUAUUAAUUAUUCUGAAAGGAAAAGUUUCUAAAUUAAUUUUUAUCCAAUUAAGCUUUUAUUUUCAGUAUUUAUGGGUAUUGAUAAGUUUUAAAAAUUCACUUAUGAAAAAGAAUUUCUUGAAUUUUUCAUUCUCCAAAUAAAAAUUUUGCAUUAAUUAAUAAUUAUGUUUGAAUUUUGUGAUUAGGAAUAUUUUAAAAUUGCUGAGUUAUAAUCUUUGAUGGCUUUUAUAUUAAUUGUUAUAAAUUAUUUUCCCAUUCCAAUGGUAAAAUUAGUUAAUAAAACAACUUUCACAUUGCUCCAUAAUAUUUUAAACUGCAAAAUGUAUGAAUAGUUUUAUUUACAGAAAUAUUUUUUUAUAUACAAUUCAAAAAUAGAACUGUGAUUGCCAUAUUUCAGUUACAAAAAUAUCAUUGUAAUCAUUUUUAAAACGAUAGGUUAAAAUAAUAACUCAGUAGAUCGUAUAUAUCUAAAAACUUAUAUUAAAAUAUUGUUACUUAAUGAAAAUACCAUGAUACUUGCUUUAGACAAUGGUAUUUCUAAAUUGGUUUCAUUUUAAUUCAGUUGAAGAACUGCGUAGGCUCAUUUUAUUCUCAGAAGCAUUCUAAGAGUAUUAAUUUGAAAUUUGUUCUUUAAAAAAAAAGUAAUAAAACUAUAAAGGAAGUAAAAGUUGUUUAUAAUUUCAGAAAACUGAGAAAUAAUGUGCAUAAAAUUGCUGCUUUCUUCUAAACUUCAGAGAAGUUGGGUGAUAAAAAUGUAUAUUUUGAUUGCUAUACAUUUAAUAUAAUUAGCAAGCUAUUUAUUUAGAAGAUAACGAUAAGAUGUUCUUUAUAAUGAUCUGCUUUUAUGUUAUUUAAAUUUGUAUAGAUGUUUUUAUACUAUACUGAAAUAUUAAAUUUUCAUUGUGAACUUGAAAUUUCAUAGAGAACUGCAAGUUUUAAUUAAAAAUAAAUAAGAAUGUGGUUAAAAAGAAAUUACAAAUAUUCAUAUUUGGUUACUAUAAAGUAUAUUAAAGACAGAUGUUUUAAAGUUACACUAGUAUUGUGAAAUAUUUGUUGUGCAUUAUCAAUUGCAUUGUUACUUUGUAUAUAAAAUAAAAAUCUAAUAUAUCGAUUUUCAGUAAUUUUUCUUUUUUCUCCAUACUACUUGAGUAAUUAAAAAAUUAAUUUAGUUUAAAAUUUCAGUUUUUAUAAUUUUUUUUUGAAAUUAUUUCUUUAAAUUGCUUUCAUAGGGUUUUUUUUUUUUUUUUUUUUUGAAA